AUAUCAUCAUUCGAAAUGGCUGCACAGUUGACUUGGCUUGUUACCGGCUGUUCCUCCGGUCUGGGGGAGGCUAUGGCGCGAGCCAUUAUCGCGAAGGGAGAUCGAGUAAUCGCGACAGCUCGCGGGGGCAAUGGAAUCAGCGGUGCUGAGCGUCUCUCCGCACUGCAAGAAGCGGGGGCUGCCGUGCUCGAGUUGGAUGUGACUGCCUCGCAGGAGGAGCUGAACGAGAAGGCCAAAGAGGCAUGGGCUAUCUAUGGCCAUAUCGACGUCCUGGUCAAUAACGCUGGCUACCUGGAAGCUGGACUUUUGGAAGAACUCAACGAGGAACUCUUUACGAAUUCCCUUCGCGUGAAUGUCAUGGGGCCGCUGAAUCUGACAAGAGCACUACUCCCAUUCAUGCGUGAGCGCAAAACGGGAACUCUUCUCUUCGUGGGCUCCGUCAGUGUGCACUACAUCAUGCCGGGGGCCACAUCCUAUAUUGGCUCCAAGAGUCUGCUCGAGGGAAUUGUGCCUUCUCUGGCGGCAGAGCUAGCGCCAUUUAACUUGCGUACCUCGCUUCUUACUUUCGGGCAUUUUAGUACCGAUUUGGCGUCUCCGGGACAUGUGCAGUUCAGAGUACCGAAUCCGGUCCCUGAGUAUGCAGACCUGAAUAAGCAGCUUGCGGAGCAAAGUGCUGCGGGGAGUAAGGACUGGCCUGGGCACCCGGGGAAGGGCUGUGAAUUGGUUGUGGAGGCCGUUAGAGGUGAGGGGAGAUGUGAGGGUAAAGAGUUGCCUGUGCGAUUGCCUAUUGGGGCGGAUACGUUUGAUAUCAUGAGGGCGGAUCUCAAUGCGAGACUGAAGAUUUGUGAUGAAUGGCAGGAUGUCAUGUCGCAGACGAACCGGGAAUAG